AUCGAGUGGUCAUGGGGAUGCGGAUUUUUAGAGCAUCUGUGCCGGGGCCGCGUUAUCCCAGCGGUAGAAUCUUUUCACUGUAUCUCGAGAUGCCCGACAAGUAAGCCAGUUUUGUUGAAACUGUCACUGUGGUAGCAGGCUAUUACCGUCGCUGUGGUCACGUAGGUACUGCACUACUGCUCCAUCUAUGGCUCAGUGUAGCUUUGUCUUCCACCGCCGCCCCCUCCCCUGCUGCAAGCCCGUGAACACAUCUGACUCUCUCUUCUCUUGCUCUUUGACUUAUAGCUAGAUGGAUGGGCCGCAGGGCGGCGAUUCGAUGGCGCCGGCGCUCGGCUGCAACAUCAAUCCGGCGGCCGGCCAUAGGCUUCUGAAUCCCCUUUUCGUGUGGAUUUUGUGCCGGACCACAGAUUCAACAUCGCCACCGGCAAUCCAAUCUUAUCUGGUGUGUGUACUACUCCAUCUUGUACUGGAAGAAUCAGGAGCACACCAGCGCCCGAGCAGUAAUGGUGGGAAGCCGUGCGUCUGCUCGUUCAUAUCUCCCAAGAACUUAUCCUCCUCUACCGACGGCGGCUGGGCGGAUUCCGAUAUGGGACUCACGCCGGAGUCGCGAGUAGCUGCUUUAGCUGAAUUCCCCUCCCCCGCCGCCCAGCAUGCUAGAUACAAGGGGGGACGCAGAUGAAACACAGAGUCACGGGCCGCCUCCUGUAGUGUCCGAUAGCGUUUGUCCUUAUCUCGGUGUACAGUGCCCUACGCUAUGUAGUAGGUGGAUCACGUCCCGGGUCACAACUAACACGCACCAUAUAACCGUGGCCUGUGAAUCUUACGGAAACGGCUGGCCCAGAUCCCCGUGUAUAUGGACAUACCAGAUAAGCGGGCC